AUGGAAUGGUACUUUCAGAGAAAGAGUAUAAAUCCUCCUUCAAAUAAUCCGAGUAGUUCAAAUAAUCCGAGUAGUUCAAAUCCUCCCUCAAAUAAUCCAGCUAGUUCCAACCCUCCUUCAAAUAAUCCAGCUAGUUCAAAUCAACCUUCAAAUAAUCCCCCUACUUCACAUCCUCCCUUGAAUUAUUCGGGUAGUCCAAAACGUUCGCAAGUCACUGAGUUGGAUGAAAUAUUGGCUAAUCUUCCUGCAGACCCUGGACUUAGACCUCCAAUGAAUUAUUAUAAUCCCAAUGUUCGAGAACAAAUUCGAAGAGCCUAUCUACGAAGGGGUCCUUGUCAGCCUAAAAGCCAAAAUGACAUGCCUCAAACACUUAUGGGGGAGAGUAAUCGACGCUUUCUUGUGAAAUGGUUUGAUUCAUUUGUUUGGUUGGAGUAUAGUAAAGAGAAAGAUGCUGCAUUUCGUCUUCAUUGUUAUCUUUUCAAAUGCGACUUUGAUAAACAAGGAAAGACUGGAAGCGAUGUCUUCACUGAGAAAGGGUUUAAAAAUUGGAGGAAGGGACCCGAGAAUUUUAGGGGUCAUGUUGGACAAGUUGCAAGUCUUCACAAUAAAGCUACACAACAUUGUACAGAUUUAAUGAAUCAAAAGCAACACGUUGAAACCAUUGUGAUCAAGCAGACAAACCAAGCUCGUAUUAAUUAUCGCAUUCUAUUAACUGCCGCACUUGAUUGCACUAGAUAUUUAUUGCGACAAGGUCUUCCUUUUUGUGGCCAUGAUGAAAGCGAAACAUCUAGCAAUAAGGGUAAUUAUGUGGAGCUUUUGCAAUUUCUUGCCGAUCAUGAUGAGAAAGUUCGUGCCGUUGGAAUCUCAAACGAAUCACGUGAUGUUUCAAUAAGAGAGCAAAUGGCAGUGGUGUUGCGUUAUGUGAACAAAAAAUGGCAAGUAAUUGAAAGGUUUGUAGGUGUCCAAUAUGUCUCUGAUACGACUAGUAGCAAAUUGAAAGAGAUUUUGAGAAAAUAUCAUCAAGCAUAUUAUGUCCAUUGUUUUGCACAUCAACUACAACUAGCUCUUGUAGCCGUGGCAAAGGGAAAUGAAAACAUUGCUACUUUCUUCACAACGGCUAGUAGUGUCGUUAAUAUAAUUGGAGCAUCGUGUAAGCGUCGUGAUGCACUUAGAGAGCAACAACAAAAAGAUAUUAUGGAAACUCUUGAAAUUGAUGAUCUUGAAAUGGGGCGAGAGUUAAAUCAAGAGACUACUCUCAAACAUCCUUGUGAUACAUGGUGGAACUCACAUUAUGAUACUUUACUUAGUAUUAAUAUUGUGUUUCAUCUCGUGGUGAAGGUGUUUGAAUGGAUUGUUGAUGAUGUCAACCAAGAUAAUUUAGGUGAAGCAAAUAGGUUGUUGAAAGAAAUACAAACUUUUGACUUUGUGUUUCACUUAUAUUUGAUGAGAUUUAUAUUGGGAAUCACAAAUGAUUUAUCAAAGGCAUUACAAAAGAAAGAUCAAGAUAUUGUGAAUGCGAUGAUGUUGGUCCAAAGAUGUAAGCAAAAGCUACAAUCCGUGAGGGAUGAUGACUUUGAUGAUUUGCUCAGGGAAGUAUCAAUAUUUUGUGGUAAAAAUGAUAUUGACGUUCCUAACAUGGAUGAUUUAUUUGUACCACAAGGGAGAUCAAGACGUAAAGCUCAGAAAAUCACAAACCGCCAGUAUUAUCGUGUGGACUUAUUUCUUACUAUCAUUGAUAAGCAACUAGUGGAAUUGAAUAAUCGCUUCACUGAGGUAAAUAUUGAAUUGCUUCUUUGUAUGGCAUGUUUGAGUCCGGCUUAUAAUUUUACAGCUUUUGACAAACAGAAAAUACUUCGUUUUGCUAAAUUUUACCCUCAAGAAUUUAAUGACCGAGACAUCAUGAAGCUUGAAAAUCAACUUGGGCUUUAUAUUGUUGAUAUGCAAAGCAUCACAGAGUUUUCAUCAUUGAACGGAAUUACUGAUCUGGCAGAAAAAUUGGUGAAUACAGGAAGGAGUAGAAUAUACAACUAUGUGUAUUUACUUCUUACAUUGGCUUUAGUUUUACCCGUUGCAACUGCUUCGGUUGAUAGAGUUUUUUCAGCUAUGAAUAUUGUGAAAACACCAUUGCGUAACAAAAUGGGGAAUCAAUGGUUGAGUGAUAGCUUGGUUGUUUACAUUGAGAAAGAUGUUAAAGUAGCGGCUAUACACUUGAUUGACGACGCCGCAUUCUGGAUGCAAUGGUUCGAGACCCAAUUUUCAAAUCCGUCUUGGACUUCGUUCUCGGAGGCCUUACUGGCUCUCUUUGGUUAUGAUUGGGACGUUUCUGACGAAUUAUUGGAAAAGGCCAUUACCCAAGAAGUUGUACAUGGUACACCCACGACUUUCCCCUGCCACGAGGAGUCUGAACCUUCUCUUACCAUUCACGCCCUCACAGGCUCUCCUUGUUCACGUACAAUACGCCUUCAGGGGUCUAUUGGCAAAUUGGGCCUUACGGUUUUCAGCGAUACAGGCUCCACCCAUAAUUUGUUAAACCCACAUCUCGCCAAGCAAUUGGGCCUUGCUAUUGACUCCCUUCAACCACCUAAGCGGAUCCAAGUUGCCAAUAAUGAUAUCAUUGAGACAAAGGGCUUCGUUUCUCAGGUCCAGGUAUCUCUGCAGGGUUAUACCCUUGUUACUGAUUGUUAUUUACAUGCCAUUUCAGGAUGCGAUCUCAUUCUCGGUGCUGACUGGCUCGAUACACUGGGUUUUAUUGGUUGGAAUUUUCAGAAAUAG